CAAUCAACCUUAGCGCGGAGAGAACCUGGCAUAAGGGUGCUGGGAGAUGGAGCAUGCGCGCAACUCCGCCCCUCUUUGGGCGAAGCAACUAGGCCUGACCCUUCCCCCGACCAGUAGCGCAGCGGAGCAAGCGCGGAAGCCUCGGUGAGCUGUGUGUAGCCAUGGAACCAGACGGGACCUACGAGCCGGGAUUCGUGGGUAUUAGGUUCUGCCAGGAAUGUAACAAUAUGCUGUAUCCCAAGGAGGACAAAGAGAACCGUAUUCUGCUCUACGCGUGCCGGAAUUGUGAUUACCAGCAAGAAGCUGACAAUAGCUGCAUUUAUGUCAACAAAAUCACGCACGAAGUGGACGAACUGACCCAGAUCAUUGCUGACGUGUCCCAGGACCCCACGUUGCCACGGACCGAGGAUCACCCGUGCCAGAAGUGUGGCCACAAGGAAGCGGUGUUCUUCCAGUCACACAGUGCCCGGGCCGAGGACGCCAUGCGCUUGUACUAUGUGUGCACUGCCCCACACUGCGGCCACCGCUGGACUGAGUGACACCCCUCUCCCCCAAAUUAAUAAAUGCUAGGUUCUGUG